GAAAAAACAAAACGGGUUUCGAUGCGCUUCGGCCCGCGGGCCCGACAAGCGGCCUGUAAGACAGUAGCGGCUGCCCCGCGUGUGAUUGCUGCCGAUGCGUGCCAAGGGACAGCACUAAAUAGCGGGGGGCAGCAAUACCACACAAAUGCGGCGGCUCAUACUCCUGCUUUUACUUCGGACGCCCGCCGCCGAGCCGCAGACAUGCCCCGAAAUCGAGAUGGAGCAGCCCCAGGCCUGUCCGCAAUCGGUGGAGAUGACCAAGCCCGUCCGCGUCUUGGUCGCGGUGCGGUCGACGCGGCGCGAGCGGCGCGACGCCAUCCGCGACACGUGGUGUCAAGCGGCCGCCCGCGUCGCCGCGUGGAGCAAUGUAUCAAUAGCGGUCCGUUUCUGGGUCGGCGGGGGCAGCUUGGUGGAGGACGCCAGAUAUGGUGCGGAGUCGGAGCUCUUCGGAGACGUGGCGCACACGACACAUAUCGCUGCGGACGACGAUGUGGCGCUCGCUCAAGCGGCGCUCCGCUCGUUCGACCUGCACGCGGCGGCGCCGACGCACUGGGCGACCGUCGACGACGCCACGUAUGUUUACGUCGACCGCCUCGCGGCGAGCCUGGCGUCGGCAGAUGAGAAGACGUGUCGGCGGGCGGGCGGCAGCGCUUUACUGGGACGCGCCGCGGCGGUGGCGGCUCUGAGCGCGGAACCGUGGCUUGGCGCGUGUGACGACGCCUCACACCUCUUCCACGCGGCCCGCGGGCGCCGCACCCCCGAGAACGCGCGCCGCGUCUCCACGGACACCGUGGCGGUGGCCGGCUUCGAGCCCGGCGAGUUCGCCCUUCUGGAGCAGGGUGAGGACGUCGACGCCGCGCUCACGUAUCAUGAUGAUGGUCGAGUCCACGAGUGGGUCGUGGAAGAGAACGUAAGGGUCGAGGUCCCGGCGACGUGCGCGGCGCGCAAUAUAAUAAGGGACCGCGUCUGCGCCGCCUGCGCCGAGAUCGGUGAGAAAUGUGGCGCCGUCCUCGACGGCGUCGGGCGCCUGGCCCGGCGGCUACACGGCGUGGCGAACUGCACGAUGGGAGGCGCGCCCUGCCGCGCGGCGCGUCCCACAAGACCGAUCAUGACGUUGGGUUUCGGCGACGCGUCGACCGUCGACCUGUGGAAGCGCUGCGCUUUUGAGGACGAGGACGGCGACGGCGCCUGCGACGCGCAGCGAGCGCAAGCGGCGCUCCGGCGGCGCGCGCUGCGGCGCACGCACGACGAGCUCAUGAACGGCUCGGAAGCAAGCGGGGGCGCCUGCGCCGAGGUGCGAUAUGACUUGCGGGACGCUCUGGUCGAGGCGGCGCGCGGGGCCCUGCGCGGCGUCGAAGAAGUCGCGCUGUGGGACUUUCCGGCGCACGGCAACCGGGGCGACUCGGCGAUCUGGAGCGGCGAGGUCGCGCUGCUUCGCCGACUGAACGUGAGCGUGCGGACGGACCUCGUAUGUUCGUCCUUCGUGCCGGUCGCGGCGGCGCCGGCCUGCGACGGGUGGUUGGAGGACGAAGGUCAAAGGCUCCGGCGCGCGUUCCCGCCGUCCUCAAAACGGGCGCUCGUGCUGCACGGCGGCGGCAACGUCGGGCCCGAGUACCCCCCGUACGAAGAGUUCCGCAAAAAUGUUGUAGAGACGUUCGGCCGGGACUACCGCAUCGUGCUCAUGCCGCAGACGGUGACGUACGCGGACGAGAUGGCGUCUUCAUUGAACUUCUGGCGCGCGGCGGCGAACGCGACGCUGCUCGGCCGGGACGCGCUUUCAGCCAAGUUGCUCCACGUCCACGCGUGCGGCGGGGGCGUUUUUUGUCGAGCGGCGCUGGCGCCCGACGCCGCCUUCGCGCUGACGUCCGUCGCGCCGUCUCCAUCAGAGAGGGAGGUCCUCUGGCUCGCGCGGGGCGACGCGGAACGGGCCCAAACCGUCGACCGGGCCGCGAUGGCGGCGGCGGCGGCGGAUGUGAGUAUAAGGUGGGACGACCUCCAGCCGGGCGAGGGGCCGGGCGACGUCGAGGCCUUCUGCUCCGACGAGGGCCACUGCGUCCUCGACGACCUCCGGGGCGAGCCCCACCUCCUCGCCGCGCACCGCGUGGGCGAGGCCUUUGCGUCCCUUGGGCACUCGGCGGCGGUCGUCACGGACCGACUCCACGGCGUCAUCCUUGCGCUGCUCGCGGGCCGGUCCGUCGCGGCCCUAGAUGUGCGCAACCGGAAAGUGUCGCGCUUCGUCGACACGUGGCUCCGCGACGCGCCGCGCUCGUGCGCGGCCGUGUACGCCUCGCCGGCGGAGGCGCUCGGGGCCGCGCUCGCGCUUGUGGGUUAAUGUGGUAGUUCUUGAGUACACCGUAUCCGAU